AUGCGAAAAUCAACCAAUGAUUGUAUGCAAACUUGGAAGAAACGAGCUGAUCUUGAUGAUGGCAAAGAAACAUGGAUUGAUGCCAACAAGAAAAAAGGUUUUCUUUGGGGCUUUCAUAGUGUUGACAUUCAUCCAGCUCAAGUUAAUCUAUCCGAUUCAGGACAUCGACGUGCAUUGGAGGAUAUACAUCAUCUAAAUUAA